GUAGCAUUGGCGAAUUAACGGGCGCUUAGAGGUGUACUUUUGGACAGACCUGGCAUAGAUUUGAAAGAGCCAAAAAUUGAUAAAAAGGUCGCUAGUAGUAUGUACUUGUCCAGCGUGUACAACAGCAGGUGGAUGGAGGAGCGGCCCCGCGAAUGAAAUCAUGGAACAUUGAGCAUCCCCGCCAUCGGCAAUGCUGAAAAAAUUGACUGUCCUUUCUUAUGCCCACGAGUGACGAGUGACUCACGCCUGUUUGAAAUCCAGUGUCAAUUGCUGGUUAUAUCUUCUGCGCUUUUCCCCCUGACCUUUACCUCUCUUUUGCUAUUCUCCCUCUUAUACAACCUUUCUAAUUCUUCCCCGCGGCACCCCCACCGACUGGGUCUCCGACUACCCAUCAUGCCUAUGCUCAAAGAUCCUUCCAAGAAAUACAGGCCGUUCAAACCCCUGCAACUGCCUAACCGCCAAUGGCCCGAUAAGACUAUCGACAAGCCUCCUCGGUGGCUGGCCACUGACCUGCGAGAUGGAAACCAGAGUCUGCCAGAUCCUAUGGAUGGGGACCAAAAACUCCGCUUCUUCAAGAUGCUCGUCGAGAUCGGCUACAAGGAAAUCGAAGUCUCCUUCCCCUCCGCCUCGCAAGUCGACUUUGACUUUACCCGUAACCUCGUCGAGACGCCCGGCCUCGUCCCCGAUGACGUCUGGCUUCAGGUUCUUUCGCCAUGCCGUGAAGACUUGAUCCGCCGCACAGUCGAGUCCCUCAGGGGAGCGAAGAAGGCCAUUCUGCACAUCUACCUCGCGACGAGCCCGUGUUUCCGCCGGAUUGUGUUCAACAUGGACAAGCAGAAGAGUCUGGAGAUGGCCGUUCGCUGCACAAAGUUUGCGCGCUCAAUCACGAAAGACGACCCGUCGAUGGCAGGUACCGAGUGGCAGUUCGAGUUCUCCCCCGAGACUUUCUCAGAUACGGAGCCCGAGUUCGCAGCGGAGGUCUGCGAGGCCGUCAAAGCUGCCUGGGAGCCCACAGCCGAAGUCCCCAUCAUCUUUAACCUCCCUGCCACAGUUGAAAUGUCAACACCCAAUGUCUUCGCCGAUCAGAUCGAGUUCUUCUGCCGCAGCGUUUCAGAGCGCGAGAAGUACGUCGUCUCCGUACACCCGCACAACGACCGUGGCUGCGCUGUAGCCGCCGCCGAACUCGCACAGAUGGCCGGUGCCCAACGGGUCGAGGGAACCCUCUUUGGUAACGGCGAGCGAACCGGAAACGUUGAUCUCGUCACUCUCGCCCUGAACCUCUACACACAAGGUAUCUCUCCCGAGGUCGACUUCUCAGAUAUCAAUGCCGUCAUCAAGGUAGUAGAAGAGAGCAACAAAAUCCCCGUGAACGAGCGAUGGCCGUACGGUGGGCAGCUGGUCGUGUGCGCAUUCAGCGGCAGCCAUCAAGACGCCAUCAAGAAGGGCUUCAAACUCCGCGAAGACGCCCACGCCACCGACGACGACAAGUGGGAGAUUCCCUACCUCCCGCUCGACCCUCAGGAUAUCGGCCGCACAUACGAGGCCGUCAUCCGUGUCAACUCGCAAAGCGGCAAGGGUGGCGCCGCCUGGAUCAUCUUGCGCAGUCUGGAGCUGGAUCUCCCGCGCGCACUGCAGGUCGAGUUCUCCAAGAUUGUGCAGAAGAAGACCGAGGAUGUCAACCGCGAGCUGCGGCCCUCAGAGAUUGUCGAACUCUUCGAGGACGCCUACCACCUAAAGUCGAACCCGCGCUUCACCCUCGUCGACUACAACAUUACUACGGAUCGCUCGCAAUCUCCCGCGCCGCCAGAGCCCGGUAAGGCGCUCAACACGAAGAACCUCAAGCGUCGGUUCACGGGUAUCGUCGAAAUCGACAACCAGCAACACGCUAUCACCGGCGUUGGUCCCGGUGCUAUCUCUUCUCUUGCGAACGCCCUUGCAACCCUGGGAAUUGACCUCGACGUUGUCGACUACAAGGAGCACUCGAUCGGUCUCGGCCGAGACGUCAAGGCUGCCACAUAUAUUCAGUGUACCGCUGCCGGCAGCAAGCAGCAAGUAUGGGGUGUUGGUAUCCACCAGGACGUGGUGCAAGCCAGUUUGAUUGCCCUUCUCAGCGCUGCUAGCUCUUUCCUAACUAGCCGCGCCGGCUCCCCUGCCCCAUUCCGCCCCCAACGCUCUAACACCUUCACCGACGAGGACCUCCAAGCGCUGGAGCUCCUCGCCGGCUCGAACGACGCCGCGGCGAAACUCACCGUUGGACAACCCGUGACCUCGAAGCCUACAGUAGACCUGGAGGCGCUGACAAAGGCGGCGGCUAGUCAGUAGGGUAGCAAACAUUGGGUAUCAAGUGAUAUUAGGUGAAUGGCGAUUUGAUGUGACAGAAUAGCUUGCUUGCACUUGGUUGAUGUUGGCUAUCUAUUCGGGGAAGGGGAAGGGGACGGGAAGAUAAAAGCGUUGCGUAGUAUACCAUUUGAUAAUGACUUCGUGAAGAGUAUUGACCUGUCUAGUACUGUAGUUUUAAGUCGAACCGUCCUAGAGGGGGUACCCAAUCGCCUAUGCAACAAUCGCCGCUUCACCGAACCUGUUUGGUGUCAUUAUACCCGAUUUCCCAGACCCCAAUUGAAGCCCCGCAUAUUAUAUACGGAGAACUAUACGUAUAUGGAAGGACCAGGAUCCAUAUUCCCGGGCAAUUCACCCGAUUCUCCGUCCGAAUCUGCAGGAUCCUGCAUGGAAGAUUGGGCGUCAGAAUACCGCAGUAUCACAGCCACAAGCUAAUUACUUGCAGGCACUAAUGAUGACGAGAGUUCGGAGAAUUAGACAAGAGAUCUUGGAAGGCGCUUCCCCUUCCCUUCCCCGGAUAAACCCCGCUAGGCUGAACGGCUGAAGAGUUGAAUGUGCUUGGCCCUUCUCCAGUUAUCUUCGGCUGAGCAUAUGUCUCUGAUCCUCCGAGACUUGACAUCCUUCAUAGUUUCAUCUUUGACUUGGCGUUCCUUCCACUUUGCCAUCACUCCAGAAUAGUAUACUCAUCAUGAAGACAGCUUGAUCGAUAUCCAGCUUCCUCUCAAAAAUGUCUUCAGAAAAGAUCAUGCGAUCCAUUUAUCUCCGCUACGGAGUAGACCCAAGGUACUCCAUCUCCGCAAAGAGAUGACGCCUUGUUCUCCGCAUCGCCAAGAAGAAAAUCUAUACAACCACAUUGCUGUCUCACCUCUACUCCCCCCGUCCCCCGAGCCACCGACUCCGACCUCCGAUUUUCGAACCGGAACAGGGACUGAUCGUCUUGAAGAUAUUACCCCGGACCACACCAUGACGUACAGGCGCUUAGGGGCUGAGCUCUCUCAGAUUUUCCUCCAGUUGGAGGGAGCGGUCGAGCGGGCAUAUUGCGGAGGAUUAAGCGGAGAGGAUUCUGUUUGCAGGAAGCAGGAGUCUGGGGAAGGAGGCUGAGGUCCGUAUGCUGGUAUUGGGAUAUAUAAAGGAGGACUGCCUGACUGUUCCUAUGAGGACAUCAGGACACGAAAACAAGAAAGGCAGAAACGAAAUCAUCCACAGGAGAGGUUCUGCAUUCGCUCAUCUGAGCUACACAUUCCAACAUGCGAUUCCUCUAUGCUCUGAGCCUGGCAGGAGCUCUUCUCCUCAGGGGAGCCAUUGCUCUCGAUCCACGCCCAGUCGAAAACCUUGGCCGAGGUGUCGUUGCCGUCCGCGCAAGCGACGAAGACAUACUCGUAACCUGGCGCCUGCUAGGUCUCGACCCCGAAGAUAUCGCUUUCAACGUCUACCGCUCCACCGGAGACAAUGGCGAGGCCGAGCUCCUGAACGAUGAGCCACUGACCUCAAGCACCGGAACAAACUACCUUGACAGCACUGCAGACCCCUCGCAAGCCAAUACCUACUUCGUGCGCCCCAUUCUCGACGACGAAGAACAAGAAGCUAGCGGCACUUUCACGCUCCCAGCCGAUAACACCGUCGAGCCCGCCAUCCGUAUCCCAAUUCGCGAUUCAGGGCCGUUCAAGUUUGUCUGGGUGGGCGAUCUUGAUGGCGACGGGGAAUAUGAUUUCGUCAUCGAUCGGAUCAACACGCAGCAGAGUCUCGAGGCGUACACGUCGAAUGGAACGUUUUUGUGGGAGCUGCAGUACGGACCCAAUAGCGAAAACCAAAACAACAUUGAGCCUGGCUCAACCGCGAUUUCUGUCGGGAACUGGGACGGUGUAACUGUGUUUGAUUUCGACAGUGACGGGUAUGCUGAGGUUGCCGUGCGGAUUGCGAACGGAGUUGUGUUUGGGGACGGCGAGGUCUUUGAGAACGACAACGAUGACGAACAGUGGGUUGCGAUCCUUGAUGGCCA